AUGUGGUUGAAGUCUUUCUUAGAAUCCAGAGCCUGUCCUGCUUCCUUUCCAUGUGAAGCUCGCACGAUUUUACUUUCUCGGGAAAGUAUGGCAAGAACUGCAAGCAACUCUCCGGACAUCACCGGCUGGACGCGGAAGUUGAAUGCAGUGGGCAAAGCCAGGCAGUGGCAGCUGGCCGUGCAUAUUCUUACCCAGUUAGAGCCAUUGCAGAUCCGGCCAAACGACUUUACUUUCGGUGCCUGCAUGGGUGCUUGUUCUAGAGCAGCCCAGUGGCAGUCGUGCCUCCAGCUGCUGGAGGAUCUGAUCGGAAAGGGGAUCCAGCCGAACAUGAUUAUCCAGAACACAGCCCUUGCUGCAUGUGAGAAAGGCUCGCAAUGGACAGCGGCACUGCAGCUUUUCAGUGGCUUGCCACGAGCGACUGCAGAUCUUGUUACCUACAAUUCCCUGAUCACCACGAUGGGUCGGGCCAUUCGCUGGAGCUGCGCCCUGAGGUUGCAGCAGACGUUGCGGGAAGCACUGCUGGAGCCGGACCGGAUUACUUUCAAUGCUGCCAUGACGGCUUGCAGUCGAGCAGGUCGCUGGGAGUCGGCCCUGGACCUUUUGGCAGAAAUGCUUCGCACAGGUCCUGUUCCGUCUCUAGCAGACUUCAAUGUUAUGAUCAGUGCGCUGGGAGACACCGGGCAGUGGGAGCAUGCCCAGCACCUGCUUUCGGUUGCAGCCGCUGCCAGUCUGGAUGCAGACAUCGUGACGUAUACUUCCUUAAUUUCAGCUUUGUCAAUCGGGAAGCGUUGGGAAUCAGCGUUAAGCUUACUUGUUGCAACGGUCGAGAAGAGCCUGCAGCCUCAACUGCGAAGUUACAAUGUCGCACUUUCGGCACUAAGACGGGGUCAUGCCUGGCGCAGUUGCCUUCAGCUUGCAGCUGGUGCGUCGGCAGCUGGCCUGCAUCCUGACAUCAUCACUCAGAACGAGUUGCUUCGGGCCUCGGCCCGCACGGGUGAAUGGCAGUUGGUGCACAGCUUACUUCGCGGUCUAGGAACCCUGUCCUGCCGCCCGACCCGGGUCACCUUUAAUGCAGCUUUGCAAGGUGCUGAGUUUGGCCCAGGCGUCGAUCUCAGUCUCCAGCUGCUGGACGAGAUGCCGCGGCUGCGUUUGUCGCGGGAGCCUGUUGACUUUAGCCCUGUCAUUCUUGGCUUUGUGGCUUCUGCGCGAAUGCAGAAUGCCCUAGAAGUCUUGGACUCCAUGCUGGAGGACGUGUGCGGAAAGGGUUUGGUAGAUGUGGCUGCGCAGUUCGACAGGGGCACCUUGAAAAGGCUGCAACGGACGAGGGCACUACAGGCCAUCGCAGCAUGCUUGACCCCACUCCUUUCUGCCUGCGAAAGCGAUACGAGGGAGACGGAAGCUGACGUGUGCACGGAGCUUGCCUUGCUCCAGCUUGUCGGCUUCGGCGUAGACUAUCAAGAAACGGGCAACGAAGGCCACGACGACUCAAGCCACGAGGAGCUUUUGCAACUCGCGCACGCGCUGGCUCCUGUUGGCCUUGCCGCCAGGCUUUCUGCUCGUGGCAGGGGCUCCGAGGCGUCGGAGCUGCUGUGGGAGCUUCUGGAUUGCCCCGUGCCCGCAAACCCCACGGCGGCUACGGUGCUGAGUCGCCGGGCGGCACUGGCUUUGCAGGCAAACCUUCGAAAGCGACCCAUGGUUUAUCUGCCAACUCUGCCUCCAUUGGGGCCGGGUGAGCCUCCGAAGAUGCCCGCGAAGCGCCCGCACGCGCGGGAGCUGAGCCUCCUUCGAUACGUUCUCAGGGAAGCCCAGCCCGGCAAUCCCGCUUCCGUUUGCGAAGCAGUAGAGGCCCACAGCCAGCUCUUUGGAAAGGAAGGGAUGUGGUCCAAGUUUGCAGGUGGAAGCAAGGCCGACUGUUUGCUUGCUGCCGCGGCAGGUUCUGGAGAGGGUCCAGUGCUUGAGAUUGGUACUUUCUGCGGGUAUGCAACCUUGCGCUUGGCAGAAGCUCUGGCAGAGCAUGUUCGGAUCACGAGCCUAGAGAGCGAUCCCACGAUGGUAGCCAUUGCCCGACCUUUCAUGGCGCUCUCCGGAGUGGCCUCGCGAGUUGACAUCCGCACUGGCCAUAGCCGCAACUUGCUCCCGACUCUUGAAGGAUCGUUCGGGAUGGUCUUCAUGGAUUUCUGGGGUUCGCAGUACAUGGAGACAUGCCAAGACCUCGCCAUGCUGGGCCAGUUGCGUCCUGGCGCCACUGUUGUUGCAGACAACGUGCUGGAAACCGGAGCCAUGCUUUAUUUGUGGCACGUGGCAAAUCCCGCGGCUGACUUCAACACACAAGUUAUGGCAGUUUCAGAAGUCACCAGCACUGGCAACUCGGGGGUCGAGGAAGACUGGCUCAGUGUUAGUGUGUUAGUGCCCCCCGUACAUGGUGUGGGGAGCUCAAAACCGCAGGAGCCUCCUCCAGCGCAGGUCCUUGAAGCACAUGAUGCCUCGGAGCGGAUGCGGCAGCUGGUGUUCAGCCCAGGGCACACUGUGACAGCCAGAGAGCGCACAGUUUUCUGUGCAAAGAUGAAGCAGCUCAUCUUCAGCGCGCUGCCUUGCUUGGAGCCGCAGAAAAGAGGAGGAAAAUACCGCAGCGGCUUCGCCAACUUCAGGUUUUUGGAGGUCCCGUGUGCCAUCGCCUGCCGCACAAAGGAAGACGACCUCCAAAAGAUGCCCAGCCUCUGGAAGCAACCGACAGCGACCGUGCCGGGCCAUGCUUUGGGGAUCUUUCGGGAUUUUUUGGGCUUAGGCUGUCUCGCGAAGUGCACGAGAAAUCCUCAGGUGCACGUUGCUGCCGCGAAUGAAGCCGGCCAGUCCCGCCCCGCGAAGCUGGAGGCGCUGUCCGAGCUCGUGCCGAGUUGA